CUCCCAGCAGCAAAGCCACUCACUCAAUCACUGCUCACAGAGACGUGCUGACUCACAAGAGAUCAAGAUCCAGUCAUGAAGUUCCUUGUGGUUCUCGCUAUCGCCGUGUUCACUGGCUGUCACGCUAAUAUCCUGUGGCGGGAUGAGCCAAAGUCCCAGUUGGAGGUGGUGAGAGAUGCAUUCUGGGAAUAUGUUGCCAAGGUGACCCAGACCGCUGAGGACACUCUGGAGAAGGUGAAGCAGUCCCAGCUGGGCCAGGAGCUCAACACCAAAAUCUCAGAGAGUGCCAGCACUGCCACCCUGUACAUGGGGGAGCUGCGUGGUAAGAUGACCCCCGUGGCCCAGGAGAUCCUGGACAAGAUGAGUCGGGAUGCAGAGGUCCUGCAGAAGCAGCUCCUGAGCGACCUGCAGGCCCUGAACAGCCAGCUGACUCCGUACGCCGACGAGCUCAACAGCAAGAUCCAGAAGAACAUCAACGAGCUGCGCCAGGCCCUGGACCAGAACUCGGAGACCCUGCGCCAGAACCUGGCCGUCAGCACCGAGGAGCUGAGGGAGAAGCUGCAGGGGAACGUGGAGGAGCUCCGUGCCCAGCUCAGCCCCUACGCUGCCAAUCUCCAAGAUAGGAUCAACCAGCGUCUGGAGGAGUUCCAGCAGAACAUGGGCCCCCUGACCCAGACCCUGCAGGAGAGGAUGAGCCAGGCUGCCCAGGAGGUGCGGGUGAACCUCACCCCCUACGCCGAGGACCUCCAGCAGAAGCUGAACCCCUACGCAGAGGAUCUGCAGGCUCAGCUCUCCUCUCUGUGGGACUCCUUCCGCCAGAACUUCAACUAAACCACCCCUCUAAGGAGAGAAGAAAUGGCACGCUCCACCAGUAGCAUUCUCCUGCUCUGCUCUACUGCAAUGGAGCAGAAUGGAGCGUCCAUUUCUCUCACAGGGGCAUUUAAAUUUGAUUCAUCUUUAAGUGUCAUAAAUUUUAAACCUAUCCUGUAUACUAUAUAGAAAAGGGCGCGUCUGCAUCUUACCGGGCAGCGUGUCUCAGGUUGUGUGUGCUGUGUGAAGCUCAGGGCUGUAGUUCACAGGUGCUAUUUGUAUUGUUCCAUUAUGUUGUCAGGUCUGUACAAAUUCAAAUGUUCAGUUAGCAGCGACAGGUGCCUUCUGAGUGUGUUUUUAACGAAGAGAUUGCCUGAUGACUUUUACAAACACACUGUAAAUUAUUCCUCUAACUUAAUCAAAUAAAAAUUCAAAAUGCA